UAAAGUAUAGUAAUAAUCAUAAGAUUCAAGAAUCUAUACUCAAUCUCAUUGCUUCAUCUGUAAACACACAUAACCCUUUCUCUCUUUAUCAUCUCCUGAAUAAUUCGGAGUUCAAGAUAGAAAGAAAGGAAGCUUUCAUUAAGCUUUAGCUUCAGGAAAAGACAGAUUCUCUUACUUCUAAUUAAAAGUCUCCUCUUCCUUCGCUUUUCCAUUUCUUCUCCUUUCCGACAAAAAGAGAAGACAACCGUACAAGUAGAACCCUCUUUCUCCUGUCCUAACCUUCAGUUCGCAGCAUAAAGAAAAGGGGAGAAGAAUAUAAUACUAAUAAAAAGAGGAGUUUCUUAAGGUGCAAGUUUCUAUAUAUCCAUCAUGGGAGAUCAUUUCGUGCUCCUGGUGGAUCGGUUGAUAACAGAAGCGACGAUUGAGGAAGCUAUUCAGAGCAGGAACCGUAUGUUGCAAGGCAACGCACCCGUUGAGGAGGAAUGUAGAAUCCUGGACGAGAAAACACUUGAGAAGCUGCGUAAUGGAGAUUUGAAGAUGGUGCAGUGUAGGAUUUGUCACGACGAGGAUUUGGAUUCAAAUAUGGAGUCUCCUUGUUCUUGCAGCGGUAGCUUGAAGUAUGCACAUAGGAAGUGCGUGCAGAGAUGGUGUAACGAGAAAGGAGACACCACUUGCGAGAUUUGCCAUCAGGAGUUUAAGCCGGGCUAUACAGCACCAUCUCCAUUGUUAGAGUUAGGUCAUGUUCCUCUUCAUUUCAGGGGAAACUGGGGAGUGUCUCAACGUGAGCAUCGUUUCAUCACAGUUGUACCUGCAGAUCCCACUUUCCUCGACGACCAUCAUCAAUAUCCUCUUUCUUCCUCCACAAGCUUCAUCUGUUGCCGUUCCCUUGUUCUCAUCUUCAUGGCUCUUCUGAUUCUCCGACACACGCUCCCCUUAGUCCUCACCGGUUCAAACCUCCAUGUCUUCCCUUUGUUCACGUUGUUGUUUCUGAGAAUACUCGGGAUCGUGCUACCAAUCUAUAUCGUCACCAAAGCAGUCGCCACCUGUCGCCGCCAUUCUCCGACCUUAGAAACCUCUGACUCUGAAGAUUCAUCUGAUGAAGAAGCAGAGUUGUGGCGCUUCCCUCAAACGCAAUCUUACGUUAUAGGAGUGCCAUGAGAGCAUUGUUUAUUUUCCUUUCGCAUAAACAAUGUCUCUCUAAAUAUACUCUCACUUAUACAUGUAAAGUGUUGAACUGG